UCAUUUCAAAUUGUGAGUCAAAAUGACAAAUAACGAAACUCUAUUUCACCAGCCGCACGUAGCAUACAAAAUUUCUUUGAAAUUGCAAUUGGAAAUUGAAUUUCAAGAAUAAAAUUGUUGAUAAAUGAGUGCAGUCACACACCGCAACUUUUCGCAAUUAUAUGAAAUUAAAUUGACGAAACUUGUUUCAGGUAGUCAAACGUCGAAAUUAAAAUUUUUUGAUAGCUCCUUUCUCUGAUGGAACCUUUAUUAUUAUCCUAACUAAGCUCAGAUGUAUAUUCCAAUCAUUAACAAUAAUGGAUCUUCCAGCAAAUAAAAAUGUUGAAGUAGAUUCUUGCAACGAAUCAGAUGAUGGGAGAAAGGACUCUGAAAAUGCAAAAAUGAUACCAUUUGGUUGCAUGGGUGCUUUAUUUCGACGUCAGUUUUUACAAGAAAUGGUUAAAAAUCUUCCAGCACCAAUACAAAAUCGAGUUGUUGCUUUAAAAAAUAUUCAAUUAGAGCACCUAAAAUUGGAGGCUGAGUUCUUUGAAGAAGUUUAUAAACUUGAACGAAAAUAUCAAGAAAAGUAUCAGCCGCUAUUUGACCGAAGGAAAGAAAUUGUAAUAGGUCAUGUAGAACCUUCUGAGCAAAAGCCUCAGUGGAAAUCCGAAGAUGUUGAUGAUUCUGAAAUAUCACCUGAGUUUCAAGACAUGAUUACCAGAAAAAUUAGAGAAAUUCCUAACGAUACAGAAGGAAUUCCAAACUUUUGGUUUACAAUAUUCCGAAACACUGAACUAUUAGGUGACAUGGUUCAAGAACACGAUGAACCUGUUUUAAAAAAACUCACUGAUAUCAAAAUUAAAUACGAUGAUGAGCACUCUUAUACAUUGGAGUUUUAUUUUGAUAAGAACGAAUACUUCUCGAAUGAAGUUCUAACCAAACAAUAUUUCUUAAAAGCGAUGGUCGAUGAAGACAAUCCAUUCGGAUUUGAAGGUCCUGAAAUUUACAAGUGCAAGGGUUGUAAUAUCAACUGGCAAAAGAAAAUGAACCUUACCAUAAAAACAAUCAGAAAGAAACAAAAGCAUAAGGAGCGCGGCACAGUUCGUAAUAUUAUUAAACAAGUGCCAAAUGAUUCAUUUUUCAACUUCUUUAAUCCUCCGGAAGUUCAAGAAGAUAAAGAUGAAAUGGAUGAGGAAACUCAAGGAAUUCUAGCUACAGACUUUGAAAUAGGUCAUUUCUUGAGAGCAAGAAUCAUUCCUAAAGCUGUUCUUUAUUAUACUGGGGAUAUAAUUGAUGACGAAGAUGAUGAUGACGGUGAAUAUGAUGAUGACGGUGAGGAUGAAGAUGAAGAUGAAGAUGAAUCUGACGACGAAGCUGUUCAAAAAGAAAAACCUAUAAAAUCAAUAGAUGAUUGUAAAAACCAAUAACAUAAUGUUGGCAACUACUCCCAUUAAAUAACUCAAAUUUAAAUUUUUUUUUAUAAAAAUUUUGUAAAUGAAGCACUACGGUUAUCAAUAAUAUCGACACUUAUUUUUGGAAAAUUUAUCUAUUCCUGUUUUUAUAAAUUGCACAAUCAUAUGUAAUUCCUGAAUCUAAAAACCUAAAUUCAUAUUUUGUCCUCUGUUGGUACCAAAAUUGCAAUUACAAGCAUUAGACUAUCGGCGUUAAUGUCAACUGCUAGAACCGUUAUUUAUAAUUAAAAGCUUGAUUUUUCAAUUA